CGGUUCGCGAAGCCAGCAAAAUUUCAAAUCGCGCGCGGUGAAUAUUCGUGGGACUUCCUAAAAUAGUCAUUGUGUCUGUGCCAUUGCGUGUGCCUAAAGCAUCAUUAUUCAAUUUCUGAUCUGCAUUCGUGAGCACACGAAGUGUCGUUCGGAUGCUUCACGCUGAUUUUCGUCGCCGUGAAACGGUGGGGGGUUUUGCUCGUCGACCGUUGGGAAAGUGGGGAUGCAUGCGAAGCAAUCUGAGUUGUGGAGAAACCACAUGCGGAGAGGGGUGGGGGAGCAAGCACGUUUUGUGACAUCCGCAUCGGUCGUUAUCUGUGAAUGGUAGUGAAGUUGCUUUAUGGCUACACAGCUAGUCGGAAAGAUUGCGGUGAUGGUUUUUGGUUGUUUGUCUGAACGGAUGGACGCCGACGCCGGUCGGUCAGGAAUGUCGACGGUAACAGCAGGGCAACCCGGCGUGUGCUUCGUAGCAAAUAUGUGAUGUGUUGUUUGAACUGGGCGGGAGCCAGUCGGUAGUGGAAGCACCCUGCAGAGUUGCGAUAAGUGUCUUGGGAAAAAAGCAAAACCGGAGGCACUCGCAAGUGAAAAAGUAAUAAUAAUUUAAUUACCGUCAUAAUUAGAGCUAAGAGUGUGUGUAAUAAAUACCGGGAAGGGAAAGUGAGAGUCCGGAAAAAAGGCGAGCCAUACGUCGAAGCUCCGAGUUUUGCUCGAGCGUGUGUGUGUGGAUGUGUUCUUUAUUUUCGUGUUCUUCGAAGAAAGUGUACGGCGCCCAGUACGAAUAUGAUUUACAGUCACUGUAGAUAAAUCGCGUGUGUCAAGGUGAGCAAGUGAAGUUCAAUGGCUACGAGGGUCACAAAGUCGGUCGGAGCGUGUUGAUGGCCCUCAGAGCAAUGUUGGCCGGAGCGGAGAUGGUCCCCAAGCCGGUCACGGCAGCUACCCUUGAUCCACUGGCAAUGGUGACGUCGAACUCGUCCACCCUCGCCGUCGGGAACGUGACUUCGCCGUACCAGUUCUACGGCGGCGGCGGCGGGAACGGAACGCUGUCGGCCCCCGUUACGCCCCUCGUAACGGAUCUGAUCACGACGGCGGCGGCCAACGGAACGACCACUGCGCUUUCCACGCCCGACGAGGACCGCUUCUUCGAGGUGGGCGUUCUGUGUAUGAAGAGUUUAAUCUUCGGAUCCAUCAUCAUCGGGGCUGUGCUAGGCAAUGCACUCGUUAUCAUAUCGGUGCACAAAAAUAGAAAGCUAAGAGUAAUAACCAAUUAUUUCGUAGUAUCAUUAGCAAUGGCAGAUAUCAUGGUGGCCCUUUGCGCCAUGACCUUCAAUGCAUCCGUCGAGCUGUCCGGGAGGUGGCUGUUUGGACCGUUUAUGUGCGACGUGUGGAACAGCCUGGAUGUGUACUUCUCUACGGCCAGCAUCCUGCAUCUGUGCUGCAUUUCUGUCGAUCGCUACUUCGCCAUCGUGCGACCCCUCGAGUACCCGCUGUACAUGACGCACCGCACCGUCGGGUUCAUGCUGGCCAACGUGUGGAUGCUGCCGGCGUUGAUUUCGUUCACGCCCAUCUUCCUCGGCUGGUACACGACAGCCGAGCACUUGGAAACGCUCAAGGACAACCCGGAGAUGUGCGUUUUCGUGGUCAACAAAGCGUACGCGCUCAUCUCCAGCUCCAUCAGCUUCUGGAUACCGGGAAUCGUGAUGGUCACCAUGUACUAUCGGAUAUUCAAGGAAGCCGUCCGGCAGCGGAAGGCUCUCAGCCGGACCAGUUCGAACAUCCUGCUGAACAGUGUUGCCAUCAACAACUCCAACACGCUGCACGCCAACUAUCACCGCAGUCACCAUCUGCGGGCCAGCGAUUGCGAUCUGGGGAUGGACUCAAAGGACAUUCAGCACGACACGCACAGCGAAAUGAGCGAUCUGGAUAUCCCCAUCGUGCCGACUAUCAUCAACACCGACGGCAACAUCGUGGAGAACGACGAUGACUUCCUGGUUCCAUCGUCGCCACCCCGAAGGCUCAGCCGCAGCAGUAUAGACCUGCGAGACUUAGAAUACAAGAACGAAACCAAGAUCAAACCGUCGGACAGCGUGGGUUCGAUCUUUCCGCUGCAGUACGAGAACAACCUGCGCUACUCGGGCAGCGAGCCAAUUCACGUCAAAGAAAACCAACAGCGGAGGCCUUCGCGGAAGGAAAGCUUCAAGCAGAUCAACUUCUUCCAGCCGUUCUUCUCGAAGAACAGUCUGCUCAAGUCGUACAUCAAGGGCGGCAGCUGCAAGGGCGAUAACGAAGCAAGCAAUCUCAACAAUAGCAAUAACCGGACGGCUUCCGAGAAGAAGCUGAACAACAAGAACAAUGACAAUCGGUCCAGCAACAACAUAAUCGAUCUGAUCAACGUGACGUCGUCGCUAAACAAGGACAGCUCCGCGGCGGAGAAGGAAGUUAACACGCACAAGCGGCACCAGAUUGCGGCCAGCGAGUCGGAUUUUCUGACCAUGAUUCAGAAGCAAAGGUGCCAACGGCUGGGCUUGGGGAAGAACAAUGCCAGCUUGAAGAAAAGUAGCAAUAAGGAUAGAUCCAAAGAUGAUGAACUGAUCUAUGCGUUAAGCGAUUCGGACUUCACGGCUGCAUUCCAAGGAGAUGAAUCAAUUUUGAAGAGUUUAAAAAAUUUAAAGGCAUGUGCCGAGAAGAAAGACGAUAUUUUUAAGAUAGUGUUGAAUGGUGAUAGUGGAACGGCAGCUACAACGGCAACGUCCGGCUUGAACGAUACCCCGGAUAUCCUAAUCGGUUGUUUUGACCACGGGUUCAGCGGAGCCAGACCACUGAGUCCUACCAGUCCCAAAGAGGUUGUGUCCGUUUGUGCAGAGGAAAGCCUCCUCAUCAAAUCUUUCAAUCUCAAAGUUGUGAAUAGUAGUAGUAAUAUGGCUAACCAAAGUAGCACAGUUAGUGAUAGUAAUCUAAGUCACGCCGAAGGUAGCUUCGUGAUGGACCUGAUAUCUGCAAUCGCAUCGGCGGGAUCUCCACCGCACUCUGCGGGACUGCUUCCGGAAGCAAUCUCGCGGGAAAACGAUCGCCGCCGAAAUUGUGAUAAACCACCACCACCUAGCGGUAACAACGUGGACAGUCUGAAACCGUUGGCGACAUUGACCGAUUCAGGCAGUCCGGUAAACGUCCUGAGCGAAGCAUCCACCAUAUCUCUAGACCUAGUGGCGAUGAGUCCGAGCACAAAACUACAAGUUCCUAGCUCUACCGGGGGAACCGGUCUGCAGCCGCCAUCCGGUGGUCCAACAAACGAGGACAGUGUCAACCCGGUGGACCAUCCGGUCGAUCCGGGACAAGUCGUAAACAAUCCCGACAUCAUAAUCGAAAAUAUCCGAAACGACAGCUUAAGCAAUCAGCAGCAGCAGACAUCGGUGACAGGGACGAUUACGAUGACGGUUACGACGACGACGACGACAGCAGCGACUCCGAUGAUGCCACCGUCGAUUAUGACUCCGUCGCCGAUUCACCACCCGGGUCUGCAGCGCAAACGGCAAUCGUCCACCGUCACGUACAACAUUAACGUGAUUAACUUUAGCGAUAAUCCCGAUGAUGACAGCAGCUAUCAGAUGAACAAUCGCAGCAGCGAACAGCGGAUGGGCGGUGGUGCCGGGAUGGGAACCGGUGCCGGUGCGAGAUCCAACAGCUCAACGACUUCGAGCCUAAAGCAGCACAACCGCCGCGGCGCCAUCUGCAUCGUGAUCAACAACGAGAAUGUGGUUCACGGCACCGACACGGACACGGACUUUGACGAGCACGAUGACGCCAUGGGCCAGGGUGGCCGUGGUUCCGGAAGUGGUCCACGUCGUUGUGAUUGCGGAGGAUCCCAGGGCGCGCAUCACGACGAUGGGUCCGGCGCGGCCAGCUGUCGCCACAACAAGUUCCGUAAGAUCAAAUGCCUGUGGAACCAUUUCAAGCGCCACGGCUUCCUAAGGAGGGGAGGUCUCCACCCGAGGAGGCGCCGAAACGAACCUUGCGACGCUGUUGCGAAGGGCAGACAGAGCUCCGAUGGUGGCUCCUCGAUGGCUAGGCUCACGGUGCCGACGGGAAUCGGUGGCCGCUUCGGUAGUCGUUGUAGCAGUGUUGGUUGUGGGGAAGGUGGCACUUCGACGCGGCAAUCGAAGGGAUGGCGAGCGGAGCACAAGGCGGCCCGAACCCUGGGAAUCAUCAUGGGAGUGUUCCUGCUCUGCUGGUUACCGUUUUUCCUCUGGUACGUAAUCACGACCCUGUGCGGUGAGGAGGCGUGCCCCUGCCCGGACGUGGUCAUCACGGUACUGUUCUGGAUUGGUUACUUCAACUCGACGCUGAACCCGCUUAUCUACGCUUACUUCAAUCGGGACUUCCGGGAAGCGUUCCGGAACACGCUCCAAUCGCUACUGCCCUGCUUCGGCAAGAAGGACCCCUUCGACGGACACAGCGCCUACUACGUGUAGUAUUAAGGGUACCCCGGUCCCCGGUCCUGUUCCCGUUUCCCACCUUAGGCUAAGGAGCAAGUUAUUGGUGCCGAUGGGAGGAAUUUAACCCGGUUGGUAGAGAUGAUGGAUCAAUCCGUCGUUGGAAAAUAAAUCGCUCUCUAAUCUUU